AUGAUUGCCAACUGUGGUGUUCUUUUGCUGGUGCUCUUCAUGCUGGGCUCAGUUCAGAUGGUCACACUAGAGGAAGCUAUGCAGGAUCCUGCUCGUUUCAUCCGUUACGAGAUGAGCAGUUUUAAUGUUGGUCUGAACGCCUUGUUCGCAUUGCUCAUGCUUUCCGGAAUGCUGGCAGCCAUUGUCACAUUUAUCGCACUUGUCUCGCGCUCGUUGGGCUAUCGUAAAAAGCGUCAAUCCUAA